CUGUGUCCGGGUCGUCGGGCUGCAAUGGCUGCAUCCAUGGACAAAACAACCGGCAUGAGCAAUAUGCUGCAAUUUAUGAAAUUUAUCGGCCAGCUCAAAAGGGUCCCACGGACAGGCUGGGUGUACAGGAAUGUGAAGGAACCAGAGAGCGUGUCCGACCACAUGUACCGCAUGGCUAUUAUGUCUCUGACCAUCACUGACCCCAAAGUGGACAAGGACAGGUGUAUUAAGUUGGCUCUGGUUCACGACAUGGCAGAAUGCAUUGUGGGCGAUAUUGCUCCGUCAGACAACAUCAGUAAAACAGAGAAACAUCGGCGAGAAGAGGAAGCAAUGAGACAUCUUUCAGGUCUUCUGCCAGAUGGACUCAAACAGGAGAUUUAUGGACUGUGGGAGGAAUAUGAAAGUCAGAGCAGUCCAGAGGCACGGCUGGUGAAACAGUUUGACCGUCUGGAGAUGAUCCUGCAGGCUCACGAGUAUGAAGAGCUGGAGGGAACACCUGGACGAUUGCAGGAGUUCUUUGACUCCACCAACGGUUGUUUCCACCACCCAGACGUGCUCCAGCUUGUUGACUCUUUGAACAAAGACAGGGGAUGUCACAUGACUGAUGGAAAAAAGGAUUCUGGGAACUCACAGGCGUCUGGUGGAGUAUCCUCACAGCCAAACACGGCUUCACAUACUUCCUGACUGUAACACACACAAAAACCUCUUCAGUGGAGGAAAUACUGGACUGAAACAGUGUGUGUACAAAGACGCACAGUCGCAUCACAUGACCAGGGAUGAGACAGAACAUGGAAAACUUCUGAAUUUGGGAGUUUGUUUCUCAUUUGUGAGGCAUUUGUAGCUAUUUUGAUCCGUUAUCUUUUCUGUUUUACCUCAGUGUGUUUGGCGAUGGUUGGUAUUUGCUUUAGCUGUAACACAGCACUUUGCAGAUUGACUACACUGUGUAAUGUAGUCUAAUCAAUAUUGUCCUGAAAGCACAGUAUGUAUAAUCAAUACAUUUUAACAACCAAUAAUACAAAAACUGCCAGAUAAUGUGCAAAUGCAUUAACAUGUCAAAAUGUAAUUAAAAGUCUCUAUAAAUGGAUUGAAAAUAAAAAACAUGUUUUUUCAGGUAUAUUCUGACAUGAUCACAUUAACCAGCAAUUAUUGUGCAUUAGUCUUAUUUUUAAUCGAUUAAACAUCAUUAUCUAACAUUGAGAGC